AUUCCCCCCUACACCCCCCCAAAAAAGUACUGACAGGAAAACCAUAGGUCCAACAGUAGCUACACUCAACACUAAAAACAAAACACCCGAAUAACCUCUAGAACAAACACGUGAGAGGUAGGGAGGGGAAAGAUUCCACACACACAAAAAAGAAAGGAAAACAAACAAACAAAGGGGCUUUUAGAGACAACACUAGGGAAAAAGGUGAAGGAGAUGGCAGGCAAGACAAUGGGGCAGAAGGUGAGGGGAUGGCAGGCGAGGCACUGGAUAGAUUGACAGAUAGCAACUAAAAGAAUUUGAGGGGAGGGGGGGAACAUUGAGAGCACCAGCCUCUGAGGGCCAUCAGCUGCAAGAAUCCCCCCCCCAUUUAAAAAAAAAAAAGGGAAGUCCUGACAUUCGAUGAAGUCUGGAGAAUGCACAGUGUAUAUUCUAAUAUAGCAUAACCUUACUCCAAAAAUGUAGGGCAGACAAGAUCAUUUGAAGGAGAGCAAGAAAAGAAAAAAUUACAUUGCCUACGAUGCAAAAAAGAAAGAAAGAAAGGGAAAAUGAAUCUGCAAAAGAAGCAGAGAGAAGAAAAAAAGGAAGAAAUCAAAGGGACAGAAAGCGAAGAGCAGAAAAGAAAAGAAAAAACCAGACAACUGAAAGAAAAAUGCCAUCAAAGACAACACAAGCUAACAAAGAAAAUGCAAACACUGAGCAGAAAAGACUAAGCAAGAAUCAAAGACAAAAAAGGAAACAAAUGGGUGAGAAUUUGGAAUCCAUCGUCUAAACAUGAAAAGACGAGCAAAACGAUGUAAAUUAGUAGACCAUCAAACCAACGCCACAAAAAUCUCUAUAGAAGAUAGCAUUGAAGAACAUAACUGUGGGACUCUGACUGAAAGCUGCCAUUACUGUGGUGCACUUUAUUGGUUAAAUGAACUCAAUUGCGCAAGAAAAUACACUAAAUGCUGUCAUGAUGGAAAGACACUCAAAGAACUUAAUGAACCACCGGACUUACUCAAAGAACUAAUUCUCACACAAUCAACAGAGGCAAAAAAUUACAGAGAGCAUAUCAGAGAAUACAAUGCUGCUUUGGCUUUGGCUUCAAUGGGAGCUGAAAUCAACACACCUCCAGGCAGAGGACCAUACUGCUUCCGUAUUCAUGGACAAAUCUACCAUAAGGUAUCUCCACUUUACCCAAGUGAACAACACAAGGUAGGGUAUGGCCAACUGUACAUAUUUGAUACGGGAGAAGCAACCAUACAACGCCUACAGAACAACUCGGCCUGCUUAGCAACAGUAAUGGAAAGUCUGGAUACCCUUCUGAGAAACAUCAACCCAUUUGCAAAGUCUUAUGAACAAAUGCAUAGACUAACAGAAAGUUUGCAAACAGCUAAAGUCCAAAUGAUUUUCAUGGAACAAGCAAACUUAGACCACAGAAGGUACAAUGCACCAAGUUCCCACACUGAAGUUGCAGCAAUAUUUGUCGGUGAGGAUGGUGAACCACCCAGUAAUCGAGACAUCUGCAUUUAUCCAAUCGGAGAAACUUGCCAGAUCAUCUCACCUAUGAACUGCAACACUGACCCAAUGGUAUAUCUUCUGCUUUUCCCACAUGGCGAGUGCGGAUGGCAUAUUGGAAUGGCCCAUGUUGAAGAAAGACGCUCAGCUAAGUGAGUGAAGGUCACACAGCUGCAGUACUUUGCCUAUUGCCUCGCAAUAUGGAGAAGCUUCUACAUAGCAGCGGCAAAUUAUACCAGCAAUACAUU